AUGUCAGGGCCUAAAUCUCAGCACUAUCAAAUCGAUGACUUCACUUUCGAGGAUGGGACUGGUCCGACGUCAAUCCAGCUAGCCUUCCUAGACAUUAAUCCGACUGCGGACAAGGUAGCCCUUGUUCUGACCUGCUUCCGUGGCCGACUUCAGUCUACCUUGAACUUUAGCCAUGGCACCCUCAAAGAGCACAGAGUCAUUGUGGUGGCCUUGUUUGGCAAUGGUGAAUCUUCAAGUCCGUCCAACAUGGCCAACUUCCCCCCAUCGGUGAACUACCAAGACUGCGUUCGUGCUCAGCACCAGUUAAUUCACUCGCAUCUCAAAAUCCAAGCUAUCGAUGUGGUGGUUGGUUUCUCCAUGGGGGGUCAGUGCUCGUACUACUGGACCCUGAUGUACCCCGAGCUAGUCCGCAACGCGGUCAUUAUCUGCUCCUCAGCUCGUACCAGCCGCCACAAUUACCAGUUUCUCGAGGGACCAAAGGCUGCUCUGGAAUAUUCCGCCGACUACCGCAAGGGAGAUAGUACCAGACCCUCUUCAAAGCCACUGGGCGGACUACGGGCUUUUGGCAAAGCGUACUCGGCGUGGUUGACCAGCCCUGAGUGGUUUGAGAAGGAGAUGUACCAGUCCUUGGGAUACAAAACAUUGAGUGAUUGGGAUAAGGACACGGCUGGGACAAACUAUCACAACUGGCAUCCUGACGACUUGCUCGCCAUGGUAGGUAUGUGGCAGAGAGGCGAUAUCACUUUGAUCUCAGGAGACGUAUCUCUACAAGAAACGUUAUCACGGAUCAAAGCACGUGUCCUAGUUAUGCCGUGUUCGACAGACCAGUACUUCCGCUGGGAAGCAUCUGAAACGGAGGCACGUGUUAUUCCUCAUUCAACAUUCAAGGUCAUACCAUCUGUAUGGGGUCAUUUGGCUGGAUUGGGUUGUAACCCAGCAGACAAAGACUUUAUGGAUGAGGCGAUAACUUGGUUUUUGAAAGAGCAGUGA